AUGGCGCCCGCACCUGCCGCCGAAGCCUCGUAUCGCAAAGAUGAGAAGGUUUUCUGCUUCCACCAUGAGUUGCUCUACGAGGCCAAGGUCACUGAUGUGAAGCCGAACGAGGGUGACGACAAGAAGACUGGCUUCCAGUACAAGGUCCACUACAAAGGAUGGAAGAACACCUGGGACGACUGGGUGCCUGAAGAUCGUUUGCGUAAGCUCACUUCGGAGAACCGAGAGUUGGCAAACAACUUAAGGCACGAGAUGCUCCAAGCACAGCGUGCCGCUCGAGCGCAACCGCCGCCUACUAAAAAGAAGGCCCAAGGCUCGACUCGAGGGAGCGAAGAGCGCCAGACUUCUGUUUCUGCCCCACCCCGUGGUCAAAAGCGCAUGCGUGACCAGGACCUCGAAAAGGAGGUGUUCCAGAACAAGCGCGCUGUGCGCAUCUACAUGCCAGAUCGGUUGAAGAGUCUUCUGGUCGAUGAUUGGGAAAACAUUACCAAAAACCUGCAGCUCGUUCAGCUUCCAGCGAGCAAGCCUGCAGCCGUCAUUUUGGACGAGUACUUUGCAUCUGCCACCUCGACAGGAAAUCGCAACAGUACCGAAACCGACAUCCUCGAAGAGGUAGUCCAAGGCCUGAAAGAGUACUUCAACAGGAGCCUUGGGCGACUUCUCCUUUACCGAUUCGAACGCGAGCAAUUCUACGACAUUACCACUCAGAUCGAGCAGCCGACAAACGACCUCGCUGGCAAGUCGUUAGCGGACAUUUACGGCGGCGAGCAUCUCUUGCGCCUCUUCGUGUCAAUGCCUGAGCUCAUCGCCCAAACGAACAUGGACAUCCAGGCUGUCAACCGCCUUCGCGAAGAGCUUAGCGGGAUGACGACAUGGCUUUCAAAGGAGCCCCAGGUCAACGCUUUCUUCUCUUCCGUCUAUGAGAGCCCCGGGCAGGCGUACAUCGACAAGGUCAAGAGCAGUAUUUGA